UUCUAUGAGCACCCAAGGUACAUGGAAUUGUUACUGCUGUUUAAUCGCGAUCGAUACUUGUUUGUGAAGUCCAAUGCUUCUCAGAUUCUAAGCGAUGCCCUUCUUCUCACUGGGAUUUUGGACACCUACAUUCAGGAACUCAUUGUGAGGAUAAGCCUACAAGCUGUUGAAAUAUGGACAGACAGAGACAAAAUUAAGACCGACCAUAAGCAUAUAGCUCAGAUUUCAGAUGAGUUUGCGAUGUACAGACUCAACCACCUUUAUAAGCGGAUCCAAAGUGAUUGGGCACAUUUGUUUAUACAGAAAAAGCAUUUUGAUGGGUAUGGAAUGUCCCUCGGAGGGACAUGUACUGUGUACGCAGGAUCCACCGUUUCAUAUCCUGGCCUGAAUAUCCUGGGACCGGCCACCUGGACAGCUCAUGAAAUAGGCCACAGUUUUAGAAUAUUUCAUGACAAAAAAUACUGUCAUUGUAAUGGUAGAUACAGCUGCAUCAUGGGCACUGGGCGUAGUGGGUUCAGUAACUGCAGUAAAGCCGAUUUUUUUAUAGCUUUAAGUGCAGGAUUAACUUGUAUGACUAAUAUCCCAAUAAUAAAUUAUAUGCCGGAUACCUGUGGAAACGGAAUUGUGGAAGGGGAUGAGGAAUGUGACUGUGGCACAAAAGGAGACUGUGAUAUAGACAAGUGCUGCGAACCAGGUUGUAAGUUGAAGCCUGGUGCCAACUGCAGCAUUGGUCUUUGCUGUCAUGAGUGCCAAUUUCGCCCAUCUGGAUAUGUAUGUAGGCAGCAAGAAAAUGAAUGUGACCUUGCAGAGUAUUGCGAUGGGACCUCACAUUUAUGCCCAAGGGAUACUUAUAAACAAGAUGGAACCCCUUGCAAAUACGAAGCCCACUGUUUUAGGAAGGGGUGUCGAUCCAGGCUUAUGCAGUGCCAAGGAAUUUUUGGACCUGAUGCUAAGGACGCUCCUAUUCAGUGCUACCAAGCAGCGAAUUCGGAGGGUGACCAAUUUGGUAAUUGUGAAAUUGAGAAAGUUAGAAUAUACAAGAAGUGUGAGAUCAAAAAUGCAUUAUGUGGCCGAAUACAAUGUAUAAAUGUCAAAUUGGUCCCUGAUAUGCCAGAUCAUAGUUUAAUAAUUAUCACUCAUCUGAAGAAGGAAAAUCUUGUGUGUUGGGGCAUAGGCUACCAUCAAGCAAUGAGACCCCUGGGGAUCCCUGACCUGGGUGAGAUAAAUGAUGGCACCAGCUGUGGCCAGAACCAGAUAUGUGCGAACAGAACCUGUGUGAGUGACUUGUUUGUGAAAUACGACUGCUUGCCUGAGAAGUGCAACCGCCGAGGGGUCUGCAACAAUAAAAGGAACUGCCACUGCAUGUACGGCUGGGCCCCUCCGUUCUGUGAGGAAGAAGGCUAUGGAGGGAGCAUCGACAGUGGGCCUGCAGGACCACUGCUACUUCCAGAGGUAAUGGCCUCGUCAACGCAUGUUGUGACCAUAAUGUUCUUACGACUUGUUUUCUUACUCUUCUCGAUGAUUGCCGUGUUUUUCUUGCGAGAGAAACUCGAAAAGAAGGAACCCCCCCCCCCAGAUAGCAGUAAAGACGGAGACCCCAUAGAGACGUGA